GCAGGAACCGCUGCGUCAGCAGUGAGCUCGUGAGUGUAAAGAUGGCGGCGCGCGCGCUGGUAGCGGCGGUGGUGUUGUGUGUGUGCGCGGAGCUGCAGGAGGCGCGAGGCAGCGGCGGGGACGCGCCUCACCGGCGCUUCGAGUACAAACACAGCUUCAAGGGCCCCCACCUGAGUCGGGACGGGAGCAUCCCCUUCUGGGUUCACACGGGGAGUGCCAUUCCCAGUGCCGAUCAGAUCCGAAUCACACCGUCCCUGCGGAGCCAGAAGGGUUCAGUAUGGACCAAAACUCCAGUCAGCUUCGAGCACUGGGAGGCAGAGGUGGCAUUCCGAGUGUCUGGCCGAGGAAGGACGGGCGCAGACGGACUGGCCAUAUGGUUCUCUGCUGCUCAGGGGCUAGAAGGUCCAGUGUAUGGUGCUGCUGACCAGUGGAAUGGUGUGGGAAUUUUCUUUGACUCCUUUGACAAUGAUGGAAAGAAAAAUAACCCUGCGGUCAUCGUGGUGGGGAACAAUGGAAAACUUGUUUAUGAUCAUCAGAAUGAUGGGUCAACCCAGGCUCUGGGUACGUGCCUUAGAGACUUCCGGAAUAAGCCCUAUCCCGUCCGUGCCAGAAUCACAUACUACAAAAAAACAUUAACGGUUCUGAUCAAUAAUGGUUUCACCCCUGAGAAGGAGGAUUAUGAGUUCUGUACCAAAGUGGACAACAUGAUCAUUCCACCCACUGGAUACUUUGGCAUCUCAGCCGCCACAGGAGGACUAGCAGAUGACCACGAUGUCUUAUCUUUCCUGCUGUUCAGAUUAACUGAGCCUGGACAAGAACUGCCCCCACCCGAACAAGAGAUUCCUAAAGAGGAGCAGGACAAGUACCAGGAGGAAUUCCAGAACUUCCAACUAGAGCUGGACAAAAAAAAAGAGGAGUUCCAGAAGGAACACCCUGAUGUCCAGGGGCAGCCCCUGGAAGACCUUUACGAGAGUGUGAGUGAUCGUGAGUUCCGUCAGGUGUUCGAGGGACAGAACCGCAUCCACAUGGAGAUCAAACAGUUGAACCGGCAGCUGGCUAUGAUCCUAGACGAACAGCGCCGUUAUGUUUCCGUCAUCACGGAGGAAAUUUCCAAACGCGGAACCCAGUCAGGCCAGGCUCCGAGUCAGGAACUGGACACUGUAAUCUCCACACAGCAGGAGGUCCUGCGUAACCUGGACGAUCUGAGGAACACAGUUUCAGCCUCAGUAAAGCAGCUGGCUGUGGGACAGCAUGAAAACGUUGGAGGUUUGGGCUCAUACGAGACCGUCCAACACUUCAACGACAUCAAAGAACAUUUGCAUGUCGUCAAGAGGAACAUCGAGCACAUCAUCCAGAAAAACACGGGUCCAGCAGAGAAGCCAAAAUGUCCAGAACUCCCACCCUUACCAGCCUGCCUCACCAUGGCACACUUUGUGGCUGUCGUGGUCAUUCAAACGCUCCUGUUUCUUGGCUAUUUCAUGUACAAAAGCCAACAGGAAGCAGCAGCGAAGAAAUUCUUUUGAUGAAACAGAUGAGUGGUUAAAACAGCACAGAAGUCGACCACUGUCCCCUGAAAAUGUUGCUGUACUGUGGAAACUUGUUCGGUGGAAGCAGAAUGUGUUAUUGUUUGGGGGGUAAUACUGUGUUCCAGUGUUGUAGCCAAACUGCCAAACCUGCAAAGCCAAGGCCCAGGGGUCAUGAAUGUGUUUUGAAUCUUUGAAAAAUUAUAUAUUUUUCUCAAACUAUUUACAUAAACAGAACACAAACCCA